AUGUAUAACGUACAGCCCGGCUACGGCGCCCCCCAAACCCACCAUCGCGCGUACUCGGGCAGCCCCAGCUACUCGCAACAGCAACCAGCGCAUGCACAUCGGGUUCAUGGAGGCGGAUAUCCCGCUGCCGGCCCACCCCCAGGCGCCGACCCGCAGCUGUGGAACUGGUUCUCAGCAGUCGACGCAGACAGGUCGGGCUCGAUCAGCGUAACAGAGCUGCAGAGUGCUCUUCUGAAUGGGAACUGGACCAAUUUUGACCUCGAUACCGUGAAGAUGCUAAUGUCUAUAUUUGACACCGAUCGCAGUGGCACCAUAGGAUUUCAAGAAUUCGUUGGACUGUGGAAAUACAUUGCGGACUGGCAGAAUGUCUUCCGGCACUUUGACCGCGAUCGAUCCGGAUCGAUAGAUGGGCGAGAGUUGUCCGAAGCCCUUCGUAGCUUUGGUUACAAUUUGUCACCGUCACUGCUGACUCUCAUAGAGCACAAAUACGCAUCGGAGCCCGCGGUUGGGUAUGGACCUCCACCCGGGAUUACCUUCGAUAGAUUCGUCCGGGCCUGUGUUGUUGUGAAGACGCUUACUGAAUCAUUCCAACGGUACGACACUCGAAGAGAUGGCUGGGUGACGCUCAAUUACGAGCAGUUUAUGACCGUACGUCUUCGGCUACCCAUCCAUUAUCACGUACUGACAACGAAUCGCAGAUCGUGCUCAGUGCUCCUUGAUGCCUUUCAAUACAUACCUACAAGUAAUGUUGCAGAUUGUUUCUAG